AUGAACCUCAAGCUUCAGACGAUCAAUGGGGACGUGCAUCCAGUCUCCGUUGAAUCCAGUAACAACCUCUUCGAGCUUUAUGAGGCUGUUGCAAAAGCCCUAGACGUCGACCCGUGGACGCUGCGCCUCACUGCUGGUACCACGUUCUUUGAUGUGGCCACCGAUGGAGAGACGACUUUAGAAGCUUUGGGCAUCAAGGAGGAGACCGAUUUGAUGGCUCUUCGCUGCAAGGCCUGCUUUCUAGAGAGCCCUGGAGAGAGCCGCUACAACGCGGAUUACGUCUGCACUGUGCUUCAGGUCCGGCAAGCCGGCUGGAACGCGAUUGAGGUUGAGUUCAGCGUCCGGGGUGAUGGAUCACUGGGAAGGCUGCAGAAGCCCAAGGAUUCGCAGCUCAGGGUCAUUGAUGAGACGGGCGAAAGCAGGUUUGUUCCUGUGAGCGUGCACUUGGAAGUCGAUGAGGACGUCAAAAGUGGACUUUCCCACAAGAAGGGUACCAUGACCUUCGCAGGGGUUCCGACAGAGGGUGAGGUCCGCUUCGUCUAUGGUGUCGGAGGCUAUGCUCCGCUGGCCAUGAACCUGAGCCUGGGUCGCGAAUGA